AUGCCUCCGAAACGCAAGGCUAUCGGUGCCGUCACAGGCGGUGGCAAGGUUGGUAAAGGAUCACGAGUCUCGACGCCAGCUGGAGCUGCCACCCCGAGGAGCAUUGGUAGCGACAAUGAGUCUUCCGCGGCGGAGGCGUUGAGCGAGGGAGAGGAGGACGUGAACAUUGAGAAGAACGUGGGCCAUUUCUCCGUAGAAGGAUACGAGCGCCCCUCAAAGUCUGCGACCUCGCACAUCUUUGGCAAGCGCGAUUACUCGUACCUCAAUCUGAAGCCGGACUUUCAGAACAGACCGCUGUGGAUCGAUGCGAGCAAAGCGAGGAUCUUCCUCGAGAGCUUCAGCCCCCUUGCCCAGCAGUGCCAGGACUUCCUCAUCACCAUUGCCGAGCCCAUCUCCCGACCUUCCUUCGUUCACGAGUACGCCCUUUCGCCUCACAGUCUAUAUGCUGCCGUUUCCGUCGGUCUAUCGCCCGCCGAUAUCAUCAAUACCCUCGAGCGGUUCCUCAAGACGCCGCUGCCUAAACAAAUUCGAGAAUUCAUCGAAGGAUGCACAGCCAGUUUCGGCAAGGUCAAGCUCGUCUUGAAGAAUACCAAGUACUUCGUUGAAAGCGCAGACCCUGUCGUCUUGCAGAAGCUGCUGCAGGACCCCAUCAUCGGACCUCUCCGAACCCACACAGGCAGUGGCGCGAUCACGACCACCGCUGCUCCGAAGCAGGCGCCCCUCGUCAUCCCUGGCACUACCAACGCCGCCGGCGUGCGUCAGGCAGGACAAGCGAACAAUGCACAAGGCGCCGACGCCGAUAAGGCCAAGGAGGACGAGGUGUAUGCUGCGUUGAACGACGAUGAUGACGAGGAGGCCGAAUUCACGCAUUCUUUCGAGAUUCCGGAUUCUGCUGUUGAGGAUGUCCAGAAGAGGUGCCUUGAUCUGCAAUAUCCCGUGCUUGAGGAGUACGACUUCAGGAAAGACGAAUUUAACGCGAACCUGGAGAUCGACCUGCGGCCUGGCGCGCAGAUUCGUCCGUACCAAGAGAAGAGUCUGAGUAAGAUGUUUGGUAACGGUCGUGCCAAGAGUGGAAUCAUCGUCUUGCCAUGUGGCGCUGGCAAAACGCUCGUCGGUAUCACGGCGGCGUGCACAGUGAAGAAGGGUGUCAUCGUGCUCUGCACGAGCUCCAUGUCGGUUGUCCAAUGGCGAAACGAGUUCCUGAAAUGGUCCAACAUCAAGCCGGAGGACAUUGCGGCCUUCACGUCAGACAACAAGGGACAGACCUUUACGGGCUCUACGGGCAUCAUCGUGACGACCUACUCGAUGGUAACGCAGACCAGGGAGAGGUCGCAUGAGGCGAAAAAGAUGAUGGACUUCCUCCAGCAUCGCGAGUGGGGCCUCAUGCUGCUCGACGAGGUCCACGUCGUACCGGCCAAUAUUUUCCGAAAGGUGACAUCGUCAAUCAAGACGCACUCCAAACUCGGUCUCACGGCUACGCUUCUUCGUGAGGAUGACAAGAUUUCGGAUCUCAACUUUCUCAUCGGCCCCAAGCUGUACGAGGCGAACUGGAUGGAGCUGUCACAACAAGGUCACAUUGCCCGUGUGCAGUGUGCCGAGGUGUGGUGCUCCAUGCCCACAGAAUUCUACGACGAAUACUUGAAGGCACCACCUAGAAAGCGAUCGCUGCUCUACAUCAUGAACCCGGCCAAGUUCCAGGCGUGCCAGUAUCUGAUCAACUACCACGAAUCGCGGGGCGACAAGAUCAUCGUCUUCUCCGACAACGUGUAUGCCCUCAAAGCCUAUGCGAUGAAGCUGAAAAAGGUCUUCAUCUACGGCGAGACCGGCCAGGCAGAGCGGCUGCAAGUGCUGGAGAACUUCCAACACAACCCGCAAGUCAACACGCUCUUCCUGUCUAAGAUUGGAGACACGUCGCUUGACUUGCCCGAGGCCACAUGCCUCAUCCAAAUCUCGUCCCACUACGGUUCCCGACGUCAGGAGGCGCAACGUCUCGGCCGUAUCCUGCGAGCGAAGCGCAGGAACGACGAAGGCUUCAACGCCUUUUUCUACUCGCUCGUGUCUAAGGAUACCUCCGAAAUGUUCUUCUCCUCGAAGCGCCAAGCCUUCCUGGUUGACCAGGCCGAGCGCCGGGAGCUCCUGGAAAAGGUGCUCGUCGAGAACGUGGGCAACGAGGAGGAAUUCGUCGACGACCUGUUUCACUCGGGCACCAUGGGACGCAAGCCUAAGAAGAAGGGCGCCCGACGCACGGCGGGCAUGCUUGGGGAUCUCUCUGGUGGCCAGGACAUGGCCUACAUUGAGCAGAACAAGAAGACGAAGACCAAGAAGGGCGAGAGCAGCGCUUUCUUCCGGAAGAUCCAGAGGCAAGCGGCGAAGAAGUGA